AUUCUAUUAAUUUUUCUUCAUCAUUAUAGAGAAGAACAGGAGUGGUAAAAACAUUGUACUUCGUAAGGAUGCCCAAAGCUCUACCAGUGGGUAUGCUUCCUGAAGUUCUUAAAGAAGAUGACAGACCAAAGUGGGACAAUAAAUUCCAGUAUAUUUUAAGCUGUAUUGGAUUUGCUGUUGGUUUGGGAAACGUGUGGCGAUUUCCAUACUUGUGCCAAAUAUAUGGAGGCGGGGCAUUCUUGAUCCCAUACUUCAUAGCUCUUAUCUUUGAAGGAAUUCCACUAUUGCAUCUUGAGCUUGCCAUAGGACAGUACCUGAGAAGAGGCAGUGUUGGUAUCUGGAGUACCAUCUCACCCUACCUUGGAGGUGUUGGAGUUGCUUCCAUGGCAGUGUCAUUCAUAGUGGGUUUAUAUUACAAUACCAUUUUGUGCUGGGUGCUGUGGUAUUUCUUUAACUCCUUCCAAGACCCUCUUCCAUGGAGUACAUGUCCUCUCAAUGAGAACAGAACGGGGCUCAUAGAAGAAUGCUGUGCAAGCACUCCAGUAAAUUAUUUUUGGUACAGGAGAACUUUAAAUGUAACCACUGAUAUCACAGAGAGUGGCACUACACAAUGGUGGCUGGUUUUGUGCUUGGCUGCUGCCUGGGCAGUUGUGUACCUUUGUACCAUCCGAGGAAUUGAAACCACAGGAAAGGCAAUUUAUGUCACAGCCUUUUUUCCUUACCUUGUCCUAACUGUAUUCCUUAUUCGUGGACUUACUUUACCAGGAGCGGUUGAUGGAUUAGUUUACCUUUUCACUCCGAAUCUUAACAUUCUAAAAAAUCCCCGGGUGUGGCUUGAUGCAGCCACCCAGAUUUUCUUCUCUCUCUCUCUGGCUUUUGGAGGACUCAUAGCAUUCUCAAGCUACAACCCACCAAAAAAUGACUGUGAAAAGGAUGCUGUGACAGUAGCUGUUGUAAACAGCAUAACAUCACUGUAUGCUUCCAUACCAAUUUUUUCUGUUUUGGGGUUUAAAGCAACUACUAGUUACUGGGACUGCCUGGACAGGAACAUUAUUAGUAUCAUCAAUGCAUUUGAUCUUCCGGAGCAAAGCAUCCUGAGAGACAACUAUACAACCUGGUUUGAAUCCCUGAACUUAGAAUAUCCAGACAAAAUUGCUAGUCUCAAAUUGAAAACGUGCAACCUUCAAGAAUUUCUUGAUCAGAGUGCAUCUGGAACUGGCUUGGCCUUUAUUGUUUUCACUGAAGCAAUUAUUCUGAUGCCUGGGUCACAGGUCUGGGCUAUCCUGUUUUUUGUAAUGUUGUUCAGCCUGGGUCUUUCUUCUAUGUUUGGAAAUAUUGAAGGAGUCUUUACUCCUCUGAUGGAGCUUAAUCUUAUACCUAAAUCUGUGCCCAAAGAAGCUAUAUCUGGAGUGAUAUGCCUGAUUUCCUUUGCAUUGGCUCUGUGCUUUACUCUGAGAUCUGGGAGUUAUUGGCUCCAUGUUUUUGACAGUUAUGCAGGUUCCUUGCCUCUACUCAUCAUUGCUUUCUUUGAAGUAACUGCUGUGGCAUAUGUCUAUGGGAUUAAAAGGUUCAGUGAUAAUAUUAAGUGGAUGACAGGACGACAACCAAACUUGUACUGGCAGGUGAUGUGGAAGAUCAUCAGCCCUCUACUCAUGCUAACUGUUUUUCUGGCUUUUGUUAGUAUUCAAGUACAGAAACAACCAACCUACAGUGCCUGGAACCCAGAAUAUAAAGAUUUCCCUGCAAAGGAGGAGAAGCUCUACCCAGGCUGGGUGGUGGCCAUUUGUGCGCUGUUGGCAGCCCUUCCUUCCAUAUUCAUCCCUGCAGUAGCACUCUAUCAUCUGAUUAAAAGAGUGGUAGGAAGGCAAAAAAGCAGCAUGGACUCAAGCCUAUGAAAACAUUCACAUGGCACCUCAGGAAACUAACAGUGCUUUUUUUAUAAUGUUUGAAAAUGAUUGUGCACUCAUCUUAAUUGAAAUAAAUAGGCUAAAGUCACUGAAUGAUA